AUGGCACUUCCCGACUCAACAACAUAUCCCAAGCCUCCGGGCCAAGAACGAUCGUAUCCAAAGCCGACUAAAACAGGCAGGGCUCCCUUCAAAAUCCCCAACCAUGACCUCCACGGUGAGACUGCCUUUGAGAUCUAUGGCGAUCUCGAAUCUGGCAAAGUCCCACUUAUUGCACUGCACGGCGGGCCCGGCAUACCCCACGGCUACUUGCUCCCAUUAUCGCUCGUGCUGACCGACUAUGGCGUCCCGGUUAUUAUGUAUGACCAGAUUGGCUGCGGCGAAAGUACUCGUUUUCCGGAUCACAUAGGCGACACGGGUCUGUGGACCCCAGAGCUCUUCAUGGCCGAGCUCGACAAUCUUAGGCAGACACUGGAAAUACAGAAAUUUGACCUCCUCGGGCAGAGCUGGGGCGGGAUGCUGGCAGCAUUAUACACUGUGACAGUGCAGCCGGUAGGGCUGCGAAAACUCAUCAUCAGCAACAGCCCAGCUUCGAUGAGGACGUGGAUGACGGUGGCGAAUAAGCUGCGCAUGGCCAUGCCGCUUGAUAUACAGAACAUCUUGACCCGGUGUGAAAAGGAGGGCAAGAUGGAUACGCCAGAAUAUGAAGCGGCUACGAAUGAGUUUAACAAGCGGCACUCGUGUCGAUUAGACACUCUUCCUAAAGAACUUGUCGAGCCGUUUCAGGCCUGGGUGAGUGAUCCCACCGUAUGCAUGACCAUGUUCGGGGCGAGCGAUUUCGAAAUAAGUGGCUCCCUCAAGUCCUUUAGUAUUGAGGAGGAUUUGAAAAAGUUGACAGUUGAGGUGGUACCAGGCGGGAUUCUUCUGAUGAAUGGCUAUUUUGAUGUGGCGCAGGACGAAUGUAUGCAGCCGUUCUUUAAUGAACCUUCGGCUAAAGUCAAAUGGGUGCGGUUUGGACUUAGUUCUCAUUGUCCGCAGUUAGAAGAGACCGAGAAAUUCAUUCAGGCCUUAGAUGAUCAAGUCGACAAUAUCAUUGUGAAUUCCCCAAAACGCCUGCACACCCCGCUCCGCAACUUUAGCGUUCUUCUAAUCCUUCAAGUCCAAGCUUGA